AUUUUAAACCAAUUGAUACCAUUUGCACCUGGUGACGUCAUUGAGAGCAGGUAGGGAAUAUCGCAAUAUAAGGUAGACUCAUCAAUUCUGAAGGUGAAUGUUGACCUGAUGUAACGAGAUCGCCAUUUGUUGAUAUUUAGAAGGAUUACGCCCUAGUAUCCUCUUUAGACAACGUAUAAAAAAUCCUGCAUAAAGAUUUAAAAGCCAAAAUAUUGAAUCGAUAUCUUAAUAUAAAACAAUAUAUAUUGAUAUAUAUUUAUAACAACAAGAAGAAGGUAAAUACAAUGAAAUAUAUAGGUCAAAAGAACUUUACCGAACUUUUUUUUCAGUUUUUAACUCUGAACAUUCUUAACAAUAAUCAUGUCAAACGAGUCUACAUUUCCAACACAACGAUCCUCAACACCAUCUCCUAAUAUUGUUCCUACAGACUUUACUACUAUAGCGGGUUUUACUGUGUUCCUUCUUCUAAUUGUUUUUAUUAUAAUUGGUUGUUUAGUUUUGGUACUAGCCAGUAAAAAAGGUUGCUGUCGAAAAUCGAAUCAAGGAAAUAGAGAGAGCAGCACUGAAGGAGAGUCUGCCACAUCGGUAAAUAUGUCUGAUGGACCACCCUCCUACCUGGAGGUCACAGAAAGCAAUAGAAAUUCAACAGAUAAUCUUAGCAACCAAAAUAGAAUUUUCUUUUGUGAAGUUCCUCCUCCACCAAGUUAUAAUGAAGUAAUGGAGGCUUUAGCUCAAAAAAAGAAAGAAGAGAUAAGAUCUGCAGAACAAGAUACUGAAUUAGGGAGUCGGAGUGAAAGUAGAAAUACUGAACAAGAAGAAAUAACUGAUCAAUCUCAAGAAAGUCCCGAACUUUUAACACUUACAAUUAAUCAAUCGGAUACGAAUGCAAUAACAAUAAACCAGACAGAAGAACCAGGGAAUUCUGCAAAUGAUAAUACGAUUUCGCCAGAAAAUACAGUCUACACCUGGUCCUUAUAA